AAAAAAGAGAAUAGAAGAAAGUACAUAGUAAAAGAAGAAAUAAAUUUCUCUAAUAACUUCCCCCCUUUUAUCUCUCUAUAUGAGAUUUACAAAAAUUCUCUUAUUAUUUUGUAAUCUUGCUUCUCUACGUUCUUCUUCAUCUUCGUUCUCCUAAAACAUCAAAAAUGUCAGAUCAAGUUGCAGAAUCAGUCCCAGGCCGUCUCCGAACCCGUUUACCCGACAAUAUGGUACGUCAAAUCCUAAUCCGUUUACCCGCAAAAUCAAUCUUUCGUUUCAAAACUGUCUCGAAACCCUGGAAUUCAAUCAUCUCAGACCCAUCUUUCUAUUCUUCCUACAUUUCAAGCAAUCCUUCCUCAUCGUGGUUCAUUGUCGAACAAAUGCAACCCGCAUAUCCCCGUUUUAUGAAUUUUCCACCCGAAUUAAACUUCCAAGAACUGGAAUUGAAGAUUAUUUAUAAACCAUUUGAUAAACAAAUUUACCCAAAAUUGUUAGCCUCUAGUAAUGGCUUAUUACUCAUUGCCAUCACCUGGAAUAUAAAACAAUCUAAUCCGAAUUUUUUUUUGAUUAAUCUUAUAACUAAUGAGACGAUCCAACUUACAGAACCUCCACAUAAUCAUAUUGGUCGGACGGGUCUUGGAUUAAUCACCCAGAUCAACAAAAACAAUGGGGUUUUAGAAAAAUUCAGGGUUGUAGAUUAUCAACCAAGAAUCGAGACUCAAUUUGCUUCUUUAAUCUGUUUUUCAUCGGAAACCACAAAUUGGGAGGCGAAAUCUGCCAAAUGUAUAAAUCAGAAUUGGAUGAUUAUUGGAGGUGUAGGAGUAUUUGAGUUUAAUGGGAAAUUAGUUUGGUUUGAUUUAAGAGUUGGGUUGAUGAUUUGGGAUGAUCCUUUUACAGAAGAAGAUGAAGUAGUAUGCCGGUUUAUAGAUCUUCCAUUGACUGAAUUUGUUGAAGGUAGUGAGCGGAUUAUCGAUGGCGGCGGUGGUUAUAUUCAAUUUGGUGAAAUUAGUAAGAAAGAAAGUCUUGGUGAGUUUAAUAUGUGGAGAUUGAAUGAAAAUGAAAAAUGGAUUAAAAUAUUAACGUGUAUGGUGCGUUUUCCUUGUAGUUUCCCAAAACCUAUUUUAAUCCACCCUUGUAAUGCUGAUUUUGUCUUCAUUAAUUUGGGAGACUGUAUUUUUCAUCUGGACGUAAAAACUCCAUAUGUGGAUGAUAUUACUUCUAGAAUCGAUAAUAUCCUUACUAAUGAAGAGAAAAUCCUUCCGGUUCAGCUCCCGAGUUGGCCAAUUUCGUUUCCUCCAUGUUUCUAUGCCAGUUUGCUGAAUAAACAUGGUCAUGAUAGUUUGAUGAAACGUAAAUUUGAUAUAGCCUUAGAUUUCUACACGAAUUGCAUUGACUUACAAUACGCCGCAACUUGUAAUUGUGAGGGGCUACUUCACGAAUUUAUUAAAGCAUAUCAGGCCCGAGCAUCUGCCAAAAAACAACUGUGUAAUAAUGAAGGUUAUCUUGAAGAUUUGAGUAGUUCCUUGAAUUUGUUGAAGCUUAGCUGCCGAAACUUAAUAAAAGAACUAGUAAGGCAACACAACAACAGGACAAGUGCUCGUUGAAGCAGAUUAGUCAAGGAUAUUCCAUUUAAAGCCCAUUUCCUAUUUUGUAUGGCCCGGCCCGGCCCAAUUCUACUAGCACUUGAUCCGGCCCUUAUCCGGCCAUUGCACAUGCCUAGUCAAGGGUAUUCCAUUAGCGCUUUCAGAUUUGAUGUGCAACUUUAAUCGAUAUACAUAUAUAGAGAGUAAUUUUUUAUUUUUUUUUGAAAGGAAGGAAGAAAAAUAAAAAGUAAUUGUUAAAAUGUAGAAACAAAAUG